AUGAAGCAGCAGCCUACCUUGUUGCUGGCCGCUCUACUUGCAUGUGCAAGUGGCAGUUCGGUGAACCAGCAAAAGACGGCAACGCGCACUGGCACGAGUACACACUUCAAGACGCAAGAUAGUCAGGGAAACUACAGGUUCGGCUACGACGUUGUUCAUUCUUCCGGGAGCAGCUUCCACAAAGAGGAGAGCACCAACGGAGUCAAAGUGGGAUCGUACGGGCUGCGAGACGUUGAUGGCCGCGUCCGCAUUGUCAAUUACGUUGCGGACGCGCAGGGAUUCCGUGCCGACGUGCAGACUAACGAGCCUGCCGUGGAUCCCGUCAAGGACUCCGCCACAACGGGCCAAGCAGUUCCCUCUGUGGACCUGAUGGCGGUAAACGCAUCCAGCGGCGAGGACACUGCAGUGGUAGGACCGACCGAGAUACCCGCGGCGUCUUCGACGAUGGUGUCAUCUUCGGUUAGUGUCGAACCUUCUGGAUACCCGGAGCGCGCGGGAGGCGAUGUGGUCCCGCCAAAAGUCCUGAUCGAUGCGGCAGACGACGUGCCUCGACGCACCAAGCCCAGGCCUCCCGUGUUCCCGCCUCCGAAAGAGGUCGACGCUCCAAGAAGGCCUGGCCCUCCAAAACGCACUACGCUGAGGUAUCCGUUCUACGUGGAUGCAGCCGACGUGCACGUCGUCGGGCCCGUUCCACCGGCUUUCCCCCCGCAGAGGCUUUCAGCUUAG